AUGGCCUGGCCAGGACGAUCGCUCGAAUCUGUUCUGAAGCGCUGGGUGGAGACACAUCCAGUCUCUCGAACGCCUCAUCACAGCUACCAGUACAAACCUCUCCGGGGCGAUGGCAAGGAAACCGUACGGCUCAUGAUCCUCUUCCCAGCUGCUACUCCAAGUGACCCUCUGGUAUGCUGCCUCAUUGAACGCGCCUUCACUGGCUUCAGUCAUGAGGCUCUCUCAUACGCCUGGGGUGAUAUGACAGAGAACAGGCCAAUCUAUUGCGCAGUCCCUGGCAAGGAUGAGUACGGGAGACUGGACAUCACUCGUAGCCUUGACGAGGCGCUGCGAGCUCUUCGCAAGAGACAUGGUGUCAGAAGUAUUUGGGUAGACGCAGUGUGUAUUGACCAGCAGGAUUCCCAUGAGAAACUACAGCAAAUCUCUCUCAUGGCGGACAUUUUCUCCAGAGCUUCGCAGACGCUCAUAUGGCUGGGUGACAGCGAUGGGAAUACUGCUCGGCUGUUUAAAACUUAUCAGAGGCAUCAUCUUUUGAAGAAGCUUUCCCCGGAGGCUGCCAAGAACUAUAUAAACAAGUAUGGGGACGACUCCAUAGAGAAGAACGAGCGUAUUGUUCGAGCGGACCAUGCCCUUCGAUCUCGUCCUUGGUUUUACCGGCUCUGGACACUGCAGGAGUUGCUUUUGAGCUCUGAUCCUUUGGUUGUUUGUGGAACAUACUCCAUCCGAUGGACAUGCAUCGCCGAAACCGAUUCUCUGAACGAGUUUCGCGGAGAACUACCGAAACGCAGCAAUUGCACGACGUCUUUUGCAACUCUCAAAGCCUUGCCUCGCGACUACGCUUCUUAUGCCGGCCACUAUGGCGAUCUCGUUGCCAACGUGAAGCAGCUUCAUACGUCGGAGCCGCGAGACAAGGUGAUUGGCAACAAGUCCAUUCUAUCUGACGCCGGCCUAUGUCUUCCACCUUUGGAUUAUUCGACGAGUGUGGCAAACGUAUUCGUAGCUGCGACUCGAAUGUGGCUACGUCACACCAAGUCACUUGGGCUGGUGUAUCUCGCUGUAACUGGGCGAUCAACCCGUGGUCUACCUUCUUGGGCGAUCGAUUGGAACCACACUUCUAUCAAAGACCGCGAUAUCUUCAUGUACUGGAUCAACGUACGACGAGAUGAUCAGCCACAGAUCAUGUCAGACGGCACCACUCGCUCUGGUACCGAGCAAGAUGAGCAGUCCCGAAGCGCCUUCGACUUCCAUCUUGGAGUUCGCGGAAUCAUUGUCGACAAAGUAUCUAGCUUCAUUGCUGGGGCAUCCGACUCAACCGAUCGUACGCAUAUGGUUUACGCAAUGAUCACCUGGCUGAAGUUCAUGUUUGAGGCCCAGUCUCACGCCGAUAUGCCUUCAGCCGUAGAACAAGCCGUCGCUCUGAUACCAAUCGAGUGUGAGGACUUCGACGUGCCAACUCACAUCGCAGUAGGCGUCAUCAACCACAAAGCAAUGCUCAUAGAUCCCACCUUGGCCUCGAUACCCUACGACGAACCUAAACACUCUACGAUAAAGUAUAACGACUUCUUCAUCCCAGACGACGCUUUGGAAGUACCGAUCCGUAAGCCACGCGAUGUCAUGGGGCCAAUGUAUCGACUGGAGCUCAAAAUGAAGAAUGAGACACUCUUGAUGACUGAAGCUGGCCGUUUGGGAUUUUGUUUCUGUGAGAACAUGGAGAAGGGCGAUGUUGUCGCCAUCCUUGUUGGCGCCGAGUAUCCUGUGAUCUUGAGAGAAGCUGGGUUGCCUGGACAGUACCUAUUCGUUGGUCCGGCGACAGUGUAUGAAAUGAUGGAAGGAGAGUUGUGGCCUGAAAACCUGAACGACCUGACGGAUUUUACCCUUGUAUGA